GUGUGCGUGUUGUGAGAGUGGGUGAGUGGCCGUGGUUGAGCAGCUCCAGCAUCCUUUUAGCCGGCAGUGUGUGUGUGUGUCACACAGGGUCCUUUUUUGAGGGGGGGAAAGAUGUAACCGUGGAAAUUAACGUUUUUUUGGGGCGUGGGCACGAUGUGGCGGUGAGGACAGGAAAUGACGGCGCGUUUGGAUUUCGGGGCUCUCCCUUAGAGCCUUUUUGUUUCAAUUUCCUUUUUUCUUUUUUUUUCUUUUUUAUAGCCAGAUAAUGCGGAAUACUUGUAGGCGUUAAUUGGCGUCACCCGAGAAGAUGAAGAAGCAGUUCAACCGGAUGAGGCAGCUCGCCAACCAGACGGUGGGAAGGGCUGAAAAAACCGAGGUGUUAAGCGAGGACCUCCUACAGGUGGAAAAGCGUCUGGACCUGGUCAAACAAGUGACACACAGCACUCACAAGAAGCUGACGGCUUGCCUGCAGGGUCAGCAGGGCACUGAAGUAGAGAAGAAAUCUGUCAAGUCACCCUCAAAGAAACUACCGCUUACCAUCCUGGCACAAUGUAUGAUUGAGGGAGCUGCAGUAUUGGGGGAUGACUCCCUCCUGGGGAAGAUGCUGAAUAUGUGUGGGGAGACGGAAGAGAAGUUGGCACAGGAGCUCAUCGACUUUGAGUUCCAGAUAGAGCGGGAUGUGGUCGAGCCGCUCUACGUUCUUGCUGAGGUGGACAUUCCUAACAUACAGAAACAAAGAAAGCACUUAGCUAAGCUCGUCUUGGACAUGGACUCGGCACGUGGAAGAUACCAUCAGUCGUCCAAGUCGUCCAGCCACCCCAGCACUCUGCAGCCCGGCACCAAGUCCGAGUCGCUUCGAGAGGAGAUGGAGGAAGCAGCCACUCGGAUGGAGAUUUGCAGGGAUCAGUUGUCUGCAGAUAUGUACAGCUUUGUGGCCAAAGAAAUAGACUAUGCAAAUUAUUUCCAGACACUGAUAGAAACACAGGCGGAAUACCACAGGAAGUCAUUGGAGAUUCUUCACAACAUCCUGCCCCAAAUUAAAGCGCACCAAGAGGCGUGGGUGGAGAAGCCAUCGUUCGGCAAGUCUCUAGAGGAGCACUUGAACAUUAGCGGGAGAGAGAUCGCCUUCCCCAUUGAAGCCUGUGUCACCAUGCUGCUGGAGUGUGGCAUGCAAGAGGAGGGUCUCUUCAGAGUGGCCCCAUCAGCCUCCAAGCUGAAGAAGCUGAAAGCGUCUCUGGACUGCGGCGUUCUCGAUGUGCAGGAGUAUUCCUCCGACCCGCACGCCAUCGCAGGGGCUCUCAAAUCUUACCUCCGGGAACUCCCCGAGCCGCUGAUGACCACUGAACUUUACGACGAGUGGAUUCAGGCCUCCAACCUUCAAGAUAUGGACAAGAGACUCAAAGCAUUAAUGGCAGCCUGUGAGAAACUGCCCACAGAUAACUUGAACAACUUCAGAUAUCUCAUCAAAUUCCUAGCCAAGCUGAGCGACUAUCAGGACGCCAAUAAGAUGACGCCGGGUAACAUGGCCAUCGUCCUGGGCCCUAAUUUACUCUGGACGCACACCGAGCCAGACAUGACAGAGAUGAUGACCACGCUGUCUCUGCAGAUUGUCGGCAUCGUUGAGCCCAUCAUCCAACACGCUGACUGGUUCUUCCCUGGAGAGAUUGAAUUCAACCUGACUGGCAGCUACGGCAGCCCCAUCCACACCAACCACAACUCCAACUACAGCUCCAUGCCCUCCCCCGACAUGGAGCAGUCGGAGCGCAAGCAGCACCACCACGACCAGAGCCGGCGCCCACUCAGCGUUGCCACGGACAACAUGAUGCUGGAGUUUUACAAGAAGGACGGCAUUAGGAAAAUCCAAAGCAUGGGGGUCCGGGUCAUGGACACAUCCUGGGUGUCCCGCAAGGGCUCGUCCACACUGGCCCGCAAGACCUGCUCCACCCCUCCGGGCUUGCAAGGCCCCAGCUCCCCCGCCGACUCUCUCAUCCCCGAGCAAACCGCCGAGUUCGCCGUCUCCCCGGCCGCCACGCCGCCCCCCGGGGAAAGGAUCAGCUCAGACGUGUCGCCCAAUCGGCCGGACACCUCUCAUGCUCACGCACCCCCGGGGGAGGACCGUCCGCCCCCUCCCUACCCCUCCUCCUCCUCCUCCUCCUGCCACGCCGCCCACCACCACUUCUACCCCAAGCCCCCGCCCUGCGCUCGGCCCGUGGCCCCGGGUCCGGAGUCGCAGCCCCCGGCCUCGCCCCCGCCGCCCCAGCGCUGGUCCGGCUUCAUCCCCCCCGCCCCCCUCCCGUCCUCCUCCUCCUCCUCAUCCUCCUCCUCGCUCGACAUCAAUUCCAACCCCAAGCCCAGCUGUCUGCACUUCCCCAAGCACAGCCCGACCGGUGACGCGUCAUCAUCGCAUGCCCCCCCGCCCGACACUAACGCAUCGCCGCUCUACAUCAAAACCCCCCUGGCGCUCGCCCGCCACGAGCAGUCCCUCGUCAACCCCCCUAGCCUCCCUUCCUCCGCGCCCCCGCCCCCGCCGUGGGCCGCCUGUCCAUGUGCCAGAGAGAGAGGACUCCCCAGGCUGACUAGUUCUUUGAAGAGUAAAGAGCUCUCCCCUGUUAUUGGACACAAAGCCAUCCAAGUGGCAAGUCCCACAGUCCCCCUCAACUGCAGUCCCCAGAGCAGCACUCAGUGCCCCCACUCCACAGAGCACAGCCCUCACAACCUCCGCAAAGGUUCCAAAAAAUUGGCCCCCGUGCCUCCCAAAGUCCCUUACUGCCAAUCCGGUGUGAUGUCUGACCAGUCGACAGGCCAGCCAUCACCUGUCAGCCUUUCCCCCACCCCUCCCAGCACCCCUUCCCCUUACGGACUGGUGUGCAGUCUCGGGCAGGUUCCCCCGUCGUCCCCUGGCCAGACCCCAUUGGGGGCACCUCACUCCCUAUCAUCCCCGUCGUCCUUAACGGGUACGCUCACCAAGUCGCGACCCGCUCCAAAGCCCAGGCAGAGACCCAGCCUGCCUCCUCCGCAGCCGCCCACCGUGCCCGCCGAGUUCGCCGCCCCUGCUCCGAUGCCAGUCCCGGUUCCCCAGCCUCUGGAGCAGGGCCUGGUGGAUGGACUGUCUCCUGGGGAGAGCAUGUCUACAGAUAUCUUCAAUUACGAAAUCCCCAGCAUCAAUGUCAAUCUGGACAGCCUCAUCGACGAGUUCAGCGGCGCCCCCUGCAGGAGGUCCCCGGCCAGGGAGGUGGCUCCCGAGGACGAGCCCCAGACCACCACUCUAUGACCCCGUAAGGCUGGCCAGUUCACAGCGCCCUCCCCUCCCCCCCCCCGUGUGGCUGUCGUCGCCAUCACCGCCAAGGUCGGAAGGGAAACACCAGUUGGCCGCUCCUAUCUCCCUAAAAACAACAACAACAACAAACCCCCAACCUUAUUUGUGCUCCAAGCUGCAAAGACCCUUCUCUCUUGCAAUCCUUCACUAGAACUGAAAGAAAAAAAAACACACCAAAAUGCCACAUUAAGAGGUGAAAUCGAUGCCUUUUGGACGAAAGACUGGAAUAAUAUAUCAGAUUAAUUUAUUUUUUAUCCUGCUUUUGCUUUUUUUCAUUGGCGUUGCCGUGGUGAUGAGUGACUUUUACUUUGGUUUGCCUUAAACAGUUGUCUAGCUUUCACAGCUCAUUUUUGGUCCUCUCACUGAACAUGUUUGGUUUCUUAUAUUCACACAUGCUUCUUUUUUUUAAACACCGUUGAAUAUAAUAUGAGAAACUGAACAUUUAUGUAGAGCUUUCAUUAUAGGGAGGACUUGAGCAUGUCUUUUUAGGAGGAGAGGGUAUUUUUGUAUUCGAUAUUUAUCGGUAGUUGUUAUAAUUUUUUCCCCACUCCAAAAUAUGAAUUAUAUGAUCAUAUUUGCUGUAUUUAAUAGGAAUUAUGUGUAUUGUGUUAAAGGUGCAGUUUGCUGCGGGCUCACGUUUACAGUUUUUUUAAACCAAGAAAUAUAAUAACAGACCAACGGCAGUGAGAAGAGAUGUAAUAAGUACAUUUCUAUUAGGGUUACACGAUGUAGAC